AUGAAAAUAAAAGGAAAUUUGUGAGCACAAUAAAAUUAAUUUCAAUUAUAUGUGUUUAAUUUGUUGAUAAAAACUGUUUCUUUAUAUAAUUUCUACGCAUGUAACAAAAAUCAUAUAGUAAAGUGAAUAUGGGGAUUCGAAUGAAUUUAAUAUAAAAUAAAUAAAUUUAAGGGAUGAUGUCAGCGUCCAAUGAAUAAACCACAUUGGAGAAUUGAAAAGAAUUAACUACUAAAACGAUGAGUAGCAACAAAUCAAUGCAUCUGGGUGAUGCUGCUGAAGUCGACAAUGGCGGAACGAGCGCGAAUGAAGAAGAAUACAGUAAGGCGUCAUUUCGUUGCCGAAAAAUGUCCGAUACAUCUGAAAAGUCAGUCAAAAGUGAGGUGAAAUGGUCUGCUCUGGCCUACGAUUCUGGGAAUUAUUCCAACAGUUCCAAUGAAAGCGAAGUUACCUGUCCACUUGAAAUGGAGCUACAUAAUCAUUGUCAACAUGUUCAUUCUCUCUUAAGAGAACGAGAUCAUGCAUUGCUUAUUGCCAUGCAAGAUGUACGCAAACUACGGAGCGAGCUUGAGCGGCUCAACAAGUCAGAAGAAUGGUAUAAAAAAGAGUUAAGAGCACAAAAAAUUACCCGUUUAGAAGCACUAGAACGACUUUAUGCUCAAGAACGUAAAUAUAUGCAGGAAAAUCAGCGUUUACAGCGUGAAUGCGUGCGUCUCUAUGACAAAUGCGGAGAUUUGGAGAAGGAACUUCAACUGAAAAGAAAUAAAGGUCUACAAAAAUUAGUGGAAGAAGAAACUAAACAAAGCAUUACAGGCGAUGCUGAUGUGGAGAAUAAUAAUUUUGAAAUGGAGCAGCAACGUACAUUGAUCGGGGAUCAAGAAAAACUUAUCAAGGUUCUGCGAAAACAAAAACAUGGCCUGCUGGAAGAUUUAAGAAGACUUAAUGAAGAGAGAGAUACCAAAGUGUUAGAGCUGCAGGAAAUACUUGCUGGUGUGGAGGUAGAAAAUACCCAUAUGACAGCGCAGUGUAAGCGUUUAUUAACCGAAAGGCAAGCACUUGAAGAAACACUGCAUUUAAAAGAUGCGACCUUAAGUGCAGAAAAUGCCGAAAAGCUAAGGAUGGCUGAAUUAAUAGAAGAGCUGAAAGAGCAGUCCAAUUCACAAAGAGAAGCUUUAGCACACAAAGAACGUGAAAUUCAAGAGCUCCGAAAGGAUUUCGCCCAAAAUAUGCAAAAGGAAACAAAUAUGGAUGAAGUUCACCGCAUAAGUGUCUCGUAUCAUCACGAGAUUCAUGCCAAAACUGCUGAGAUUAUCACACUCAAAAAGUCCUUGCAGGCACUCCAGAUAGAAUUAGAUAAUUUAACCGACUUACAGGCACAAAAUGAAGAGCAUUUGCGUCAAAUAGAGCAACUGAACUUUUAUUUAGAAGCCCAAAAAUGUGAGUUGACACAUUUAAAGGAAACCGAUGAAGAGAAAACGCAACAAAUAAGCGAAUUACAGCAUAAUCUGGAAAAAAUGCGUGCGGAACACGAAGUCACACUCGAAAAAAUUAAUAUUGAGCAAGUUACUUUGAAAAACGUGAAGAGCGAAUUAAUUGCUUUGCAUGAACAAUAUGCCAGCAUGUGUGCGGUUUGUGAGCGUACGCGUUUUGAGCUGGAGUUGCUUGAGAUCGAAAGUAGCAAGAUGAAAUUUCAAGCAGAUAUCGACAAACGCGAGAUCGAGCUGUUAAGAGAGAAACUAAAAGGCUACCUGAAACAAACCGAAGAUUUGGGUACAAAAAUAAAUGAGCUCGAGGCCAAAUUAGAAUGUUCAAAUGCACAAAAUGGGGAAUUGGUGGAAAAAUUAAAGGCGUAUGAAGAUCAUACUCCGCGGGAAAGGAAAUUGUAUAAAGAAAAUGAGUCAGAUGUAAAGAUAGCUCCGAAAAUUAAUUAUAAAAAUUAUGUUUUGGACGAAAAGAAAACUUUAAGCAAAAGUUUGAACCAAGACAAACAAAAGCUUGAAUCCAACGAAAAAAUACAUGCUAAUUUCAGAACGGAAACCGGGCAUAACGGGGAUGAUAGUGGCUUCUUGGAUACCAGUAUCGAGUGCUUAGAUUGGACUGAAACUGUUUUAGAGAAGAAAAGAGGAUCAGAUUGCUUCGAUCUCGCUGCUGCCCAUAACGUGCUCCUACAACAAUUGAGCUCACAAAAGACCAUUUUAAAUGAGAGGAAGGCAAUAAUUGCUGAGCUGGGAAAACAUAUUUGUAAUGGAUCAAGAUCAACAACAAAUAGAGAUUCAGAUAUAUUGGCCUGUGAUGAGGAUAAGUUGCCAUCCGACGAACUUUUGCAACGCCAACAGCAGCUAGUAAAGUAUUUGAGCAACCAGAGUCUUUUGACUCUGGAAAAAAGACAACUUUUGGAAGCGUUUGAAACUCUUAUCAAUGCUACACCAAUGACAGGGGAAGGAACAUCUGUUGGUAUUGAAGACAUUUUAAAAAUGAAAAACCAAUUAAAAGAAAAACAAAAAUUAAAAAUAAAGGAAGAAGCGGUAAAAGAUCCAAUCGGAAGCGAAAAUUUAACAGAAGACAAAGCUGGAGAAAACAAUGAAGACAAAAAAAUGUUGGUUAAUUUUAAGAAUCAGGGAGAACAGCUACAGAGCGAUGAGAACGGUGAAAGACAUUUAAGAGAGAAAAGUGACCAAACGCAGCUUCAUACGGCACAAUUUCAGCACUAUGAGUUCACGAUACAGCGACUACAGGUGGAGAAUCAGCGAUUGAUAAAAGAAAUACAAACUUUACAGGAAGCCAAAAGCUCCCUGGAAAGCACGCUAGACACGCACAAGCAGUUGGUGGCCGGAUUGCAGCUGAAAGUAACGGCUCUCGAAGUGAACAAAAGCGUUGGAGAAAGUAUAAAUGCCAUUCCCCUACCCAAGGAGCAGGAAUUGCUUACCUUGCGGGCCAAAGUUAAGCAGCUUGAAACGAGUCUGGCGUCAGCUAUGCAAGAAGACAGGGAAGGGCGCAAUGAUAGAGUGCGCCUCAUACAGCAGUUGAUCGAGCAACAGAAUUCCAAAGUGAAACAGCUAACACAAUCACAAGAGGAGUGGGAAGAGCUCUUAGAAGCGCUAAAAAUCGCCCAAAAAUUGGAAGAAAAUACGCGAACCGAAUUGCUUUCGAAACACACUGAGCUAGAAGAGUUGAACGCGCUCUUCGCAGAGCAGAACGAAGAGCUGCGGCGAUUGCAGGAGAUGAUGCUGCAGAGUGAGGCCAAUGAUAAAAAUGAGGAAGACGAUGAAAUGCGUAGGUCGCAUGAAAAAGAAGUUGAGCAAUUGCAAGCCAAAUUAAGUGCUCAGUUGGUUGUUAGCGAAGCAAGGCAGCACGAAAUUGAAGAAUUAAGGAGUAAGAAUGAACGGCUUGAGCGACAUCUUAACGAAGAUUAUGCCGAAGAAAUAGCGGAUAAACAAAAGCAGCUGCGGACUUUGCAAACAAAAGUCGAAAAUUUACAGGCUGAGAAAAAAGGAUAUGCAGAGCGGCUGGCGGGAAUGGAGUGUGAAAUGCAGCUGCUAAAGAAGAACAAACGUGACGCAUUGGUGUUACCACCUGAGUUUGUGGUACUACCCGCAAACACAAUCAGCACAACCUCCACUGAAGCUUCUUCAUCGUCAUGUGAUGGUAAUGGAAGCCCAAACGCCAGUGAUUCGGAUAAUAAUGAUCGCAUGAGAAUACUUUCGAAAGUACUUGAAGCGGAGUAUAGACGCAAGAUGAAACGUUAUGACUUGCAUAUACACACACUGCUAGCAAAUGUAAAGAAAUUGAAAAAGACUUUACGCGCAGCAGAGCAACGUGCCGCAAAUUUGACUUUGGAGCACAGCCGCACAAAGGAUGAGCUGCACGACCUGCAGUUGACCAAGCGACAGUUGGAGGAGAUGCGCUUGAAGUGUGAGCACAACCAAGGCACAAUAAAGGCGCUCGAGCGCGCUCUAGAAAUAGAGCGCAAAAAGUACGAGUCCUCCGAUUUGGGCAAAGCGGCAUCCUAUACGCGCGACUCGGCAGCUGAAACGCUAAGUGCCGAUGAGCCAGUGCAUGAAGUGGCCAAUUUGAUUGAUGACUACAAAAAGUUAAUCCAGCAAUCGGCACUAGUUACACGACGCCCUAAGACCAGCGCUAUUCUCGAACUUAUACAACGCAGCAAUCAAUGUGUGCCAAAUUUACAUAAGCUGGAAACGACAGUCGAUGGCCUGCGCAACGAUUUGGAUCAUUUUAUCAGCGCGCAUACGACGAGCAUGCGUCAGCAAGCUGCAAAUGCGAAUAAAUUCGACGGACUAUCGCUGAUGGAUGAGUUGCGGGCAGCAGCUGAGAGCUACUAAGAAACUUAAGUAAUUCUUAUUAAAUACGAGUAUUUAGCAUUAGUAGUAGCAGCUCUGCGGAGAGCGUUCACAAUAUUUCCUACUUUCAUUUGCUGUGCAUAAAAUGCAAAAAAACAUUGCCAAAUUAGUUCAACUAUUUCUAUUUAUUAUUAUGUACAUUUACAUACAU